AUGACGACCGACAUCUCGGUGUCCCGAUGGGACCCCUCCAUCGGCCACGGGCAGGAGAUAAUAGACGAAUUCGAGUACGACGGCGGCAACUCCUCAUCGAGGCUCUACGAACGAUCGCGCAUCAAGGCGCUAGCAGACGAACGAGAGAACGUGCAGAAGAAGACCUUCCAGAAAUGGGUGAACUCCCACUUGGUUCGCGUCGGGUGCCGCAUUGGCGACCUUUACGUGGACAUGCGCGAUGGCAAGAUGCUCAUCAGGCUGCUGGAGGUGCUCUCCGGCGAGAGACUGCCAAGGCCGACCAAAGGCAAGAUGCGUAUCCACUGCCUGGAGAAUGUUGACAAGGCGCUGCAGUUCCUGAGGGAGCAGCGAGUGCAUCUGGAGAACAUGGGUUCCCAUGACAUCGUGGACGGCAACCCACGCCUCAGCCUCGGUCUCAUCUGGACCAUAAUCCUCCGUUUCCAGAUCCAGGACAUCACGAUCGAGGAGACAGACAACAAGGAGACGAAGUCCGCGAAGGACGCGCUGCUGCUCUGGUGCCAGAUGAAGACGGCCGGCUACAACAACGUGAACGUGCGCAACUUCACCACGUCGUGGCGCGACGGACUGGCCUUCAACGCGAUCAUCCACAAGCACCGGCCCGACCUGGUGCAGUUCGAGCGGCUGCACCGCGCCAACCCCAUACAUAACCUGAACAACGCGUUCAACGUCGCCGAGGAGAAACUGGGCCUCACGAAGCUGCUCGACGCCGAAGAUAUUGCCGUCGACCAUCCGGACGAGAAGUCGAUCAUCACUUAUGUGGUGACCUACUACCACUACUUCAGCAAGCUGAAGCAGGAGACCGUUCAGGGCAAGCGUAUCGGCAAGGUCGUCGGAAUCGCGAUGGAGAACGAGAAGAUGAUGAUGGAAUACGAGUCGCUUACCAGCGAUCUGUUACAAUGGAUCGAAAGGACUAUCGAAGCGCUGGGCGACAGGACGUUUGCCAACUCGUUGGAGGGAGUGCGACAACAGCUCAUACAGUUCGCCAACUACCGCACCGUGGAGAAACCGCCAAAGUUCGUGGAGAAGGGCAACCUGGAGGUGCUGCUGUUCACGCUGCAGUCGCGGAUGCGCGCCGCCAACCAGCGGCCGUACACGCCGCGCGAGGGCCGCAUGAUCCACGACAUCAACCGCGCCUGGGAGCGCCUCGAGAAGGCGGAGCACGAGCGCGAGCUCGCCCUGCGCGAGGAGCUCAUCCGCCAGGAGAAGCUGGAGCAGCUCGCGGCCAGGUUCAACCGCAAGGCGCAGAUGCGCGAGACGUGGCUGUCGGAGAACCAGCGGCUGGUGAGCCAGGACAACUUCGGGUUCGACCUGGCGGCCGUGGAGGCGGCGGCCAAGAAGCACGAGGCCAUCGAGACCGACAUCUUCGCCUACGAGGAGCGCGUGCAGGCCGUCGUCGCCGUCUGCUCCGAGCUGCAGGCCGAGAGGUACCACGACAUGGAGCGAGUAUGCGCCCGCCGAGACAAUGUUCUUCGGCUGUGGGCUUACCUUCUAGAGCUGCUGCGCGCAAGACGGGCUCGCCUCGAGCUCUCUUUACAGCUGCAGCAGAACUUCCAGGAGAUGCUCUACAUCUUGGAUUCCAUGGAAGAGAUCAAGAUGCGCCUGCUGACGGACGACUACGGCAAACAUUUGAUGGGCGUGGAAGAUUUGCUGCAGAAGCACGCUCUUGUCGAGGCUGACAUCAACGUCCUCGGCGAACGCGUUAAGGUGGUUGUGGGGCAGUCGCAGAGGUUCCUCGAACAGGAGGAAGGUGGCUACCGCCCUUGCGAUCCGGCCAUCACCGUGGAUCGCAUUCAGCAGCUCGAGAACGCCUACGCCGAGCUUGUGCACCUAGCGGUUGAGCGCAGGAAGCGUCUUGAAGACAGCCGCAAACUGUGGCAGUUCUAUUGGGACAUGGCUGACGAGGAGAACUGGAUCAAGGAGAAGGAGCAGAUCGUAUCUGUUGAUGACAUCGGUCACGAUCUUACUACCGUGUACCUGCUGAUCUCGAAGCACAAGGCGCUGCAGGCCGACGUGCAGGCGCACGAGCCGCAGCUGAUGAGCGUGGCCGCCGUCGGAGACGAGCUCAUCUCGCAGGGCCACUUCGGCGCCGACCGCAUACAGGAUCGUCUUCGCGAUAUCCUGUCACAAUGGAACCACCUUCUGGACGUCGUGUCACUGAGGAAGAACCGAUUGGACGCGGCGGUCAGAUACCACCAACUGUUCGCAGAUGCGGAUGACAUUGACAACUGGAUGUUGGACACGCUCAGGUUGGUGUCGUCGGAGGAUACUGGUGUGGACGAGGCUCAAGUGCAGAGUCUGCUGAAGAAACACAAGGACGUCACCGACGAGUUGAAGAACUACGCCAACGUAAUACAACAGCUGAAACAACAGGCGAGCGAGCUGAGCCCCGAGGACGCGAGCAGCGCGGAGGUGAGCUCGCGGCUGGCGGCGAUCGACGCGCGCCACGGCGAGCUGGCGGCGCUGGCGCGGCUGCGCAAGCAGCGGCUGCUCGACGCGCUCUCGCUCUUCAAGCUGCUGGCCGAGGCGGACGCGGCCGACCAGUGGAUCGCAGAGAAGCACCGCAUGCUCGACACCAUGCUGCCGCCCGCGGACAUCGACGACGUGGAGAUCAUGAAGCACAGAUACGACGGCUUCGACAAAGAAAUGAACGCUAACGCCUCUCGUGUGGCCGUCGUGAACCAGCUGGCACGUCAGCUCAUCCACGUGGAGCACCCUCAGGCUCCGAAGAUCCAGGAGCGUCAAGCCAGCCUCAACCAUGCUUGGAGCACGCUGCGCGAAAAGGCGGAGGCCAAGAAGGACGAGCUGAAGGCGGCGCAGGGCGUGCAGACAUUCCACAUCGAGUGCCGCGAAACCGUGUCCUGGAUCGAGGACAAGAAACGCAUCUUGCAGCAGACGGACAACCUGGAGAUGGACCUCAACGGCGUGAUGACGCUGCAGCGGCGGCUGUCGGGCAUGGAGCGCGACCUGGCCGCCAUCCAGGCGCGCAUCGCGUCGCUGGAGGGCGAGGCCAGCGCCAUCGAGCACUCGCACCCCGACGAGGCGCAGCUCAUCCGCGACCGCAUCGCCCUCAUCAACGACAACUGGGACCAGCUCACGCACAUGCUCAAAGAACGCGACGCGAAACUGGAGGAGGCUGGAGAUUUACAUCGCUUCUUGCGCUCCGUCGACCACUUCCAAGCGUGGCUCACUAAGACCCAGACCGAUGUUGCGUCAGAAGACAUCCCAUCGUCUUUGGCCGAGGCCGAGAAGCUACUGUCUCAGCACCAGACCAUCAAGGAGGAGAUCGACAACUACAAGGACGAAUACGCCAAGAUGAUGGAGUAUGGAGAGAAGAUCACUGCCGAGCCGGGCACCCAGGACGACCCGCAGUACAUGUUCCUGCGCGAGCGUCUGAAGGCGCUGCGCGAGGGCUGGGCGGAGCUGCAGCAGAUGUGGGAGAACCGGCAGCAGCUGCUCGCGCAGAGCCUCGAGCUGCAGCUGCUGCAGCGCGACGCGCGCCAGGCGGAGGUGCUGCUCGCGCACCAGGAGCACAGGCUAGCUAAGACGGAGCCGCCUACCAACUUGGAGCAAGCCGAGAACAUGAUUAAAGAACACGAGGCAUUCCUCACGACAAUGGAAGCCAACGACGAUAAGAUCAAUUCGGUGGUGCAAUUCGCCAACCGUUUGGUCGAGGAGAGACAUUUCGAUGCCGACAAAAUCCAACGCAAGGCUGAGAACAUCGAGGCCAGACGCAACGCCAACAGGGAGAAGGCCCUGCAGCAAAUGGAGAAACUGCAGGAUCAACUGCAACUGCACCAGUUCCUGCAGGACUGCGACGAGCUCGGUGAAUGGGUGCAGGAGAAGAAUCUCACCGCUCAAGACGACACGUACCGCUCGGCGAAGACCAUCCACUCCAAGUGGACCCGCCACCAAGCCUUCGAGGCGGAGAUCGCGGCGAACAAGGAGCGCCUGUUCGCCGUCCAGAACGCGGCCGAGGAGCUGAUGAAGCAGAAACCCGAGUUCGUAGAGGUGAUCUCGCCCAAGAUGCACGAGCUGCAGGACCAAUUCGAGAACCUGCAGACCACCACCAAGGACAAGGGCGAGCGGCUGUUCGACGCGAACCGCGAGGUGCUCCUGCACCAGACCUGCGACGACAUCGACUCGUGGAUGAAUGAGCUGGAGAAGCAAAUCGAGAACACGGACACCGGCACUGAUCUGGCAUCUGUCAACAUUCUAAUGCAGAAGCAACAGAUGAUCGAGACUCAGAUGGCCGUCAAGGCGAAGCAGGUCACUGAGCUGGAGACCCAGGCCGAGUACCUGCAGAAGACCGUCCCGGACAAAAUGGAGGAGAUCAAGGAGAAGAAGAAGACUGUGGAGCAGAGAUUCGAGCAGCUCAAAGCGCCUCUGCUGGAGCGCCAGCGCCACCUGGCCAAGAAGAAGGAGGCAUUCCAAUUCCGUCGCGACGUCGAGGACGAGAAGCUGUGGAUACACGAGAAGAUGCCCCUGGCCACGAACUCCGACUUCGGUAACUCGCUGUUCAACGUUCAAAUGCUCCAGAAGAAGAACCAGUCGCUGAAGACCGAAACGGACAACCACGAGCCUAGGAUCCUCACUGUCAUUGCCAACGGACAGAAGCUGAUUGACGAGGAGCACGAAGACGCGCCCGAGUUCAAGAGGCUGAUUGAAGAACUGACCGCGAGAUGGCGAGAACUUAAAGAUGCCAUCGAAAAUCGCAAAAAUAACCUGUCGCAAUGGGAGAAGGCUCAGCAGUACCUGUUCGACGCCAACGAGGCGGAGGCGUGGAUGAGCGAGCAGGAGUUGUACAUGAUGGUGGAGGACCGCGGCAAGGACGAGAUCUCCGCCCAGAACCUGAUGAAGAAGCACGAGAUCCUGGAGCAGGCGGUGGACGACUACGCCCAGACCAUCAGGCAGCUGGGCGAGACGGUGCGUCAGCUGACCAGCGAAGAGCACCCGCUCAGCGAGCAGAUAUCGGUGAAGCAGUCGCAGGUGGACAAGCUGUACGCGGGGCUGAAGGACCUGGCGGGCGAGCGGCGCGCCAAGCUGGACGAGGCGCUGCGCCUGUUCCAGCUCUCGCGCGAGGUGGACGACCUGGAGCAGUGGAUCACCGAGCGCGAGCUGGUGGCCAGCUCGCAGGAGCUCGGCCAGGACUACGACCACGUCACGCUGCUGUGGGAGCGCUUCAAGGAGUUCGCGCGCGAGACGCAGUCGGUGGGGUCGGAGCGCGUGGCGACGGCGGAGCGCAUCGCCGACCAGAUGAUCGCGAUGGGCCACUCGGACAACGCCACCAUCGCGCAGUGGAAGGAGGGCCUCAAGGAGACCUGGCAGGACCUGCUCGAGCUCAUCGAGACGCGCACGCAGAUGCUGGCCGCGUCCCGCGAGCUGCACAAGUACUUCCACGACUGCAAGGACACGCUGCAGCGCGUGAGCGAGAAGGCGCGCGGCGUGAGCGACGAGCUGGGCCGCGACGCCAUCAGCGUGGGCGCGCUGCAGCGCAAGCACCACACCUUCAUGCAGGACCUCAGCACGCUGCAGCAGCAGGUGGAGGCGAUCAGCGGCGAGUGCUCGCGGCUGGGCGCGUCGUACGCGGGCGAGAAGGCGCUGGAGAUCACGCGGCGCGAGGCGGAGGUGCGCGAGGCGUGGGCGGCGCUGCAGGCCGCGUGCCACGCGCGCCGCGCCAAGCUCGAGGACGCCGACGACCUCUACCGCUUCCUCAGCCGCGUGCGCACGCUCGCGCUCUGGAUGGACGACUGCGUGCGCCAGAUGAACACCGGCGAGAAGCCGCGCGACGUGAGCGGAGUGGAGCUGCUGAUGAACAACCACCAGUCGCUGAAGGCGGAGAUCGACACGCGCGAGGACAACUUCACCGCGUGCAUAUCUCUCGGGCGCGAGCUGUUGGCGCGCCAGCACUACGCCUCCGCAGACAUCAAGGACAAGCUGCUGCAGCUGACCAACCAGCGCAACGCGCUGCUGCGCCGCUGGGAGGAGCGCUGGGAGAACCUGCAGCUCAUCCUGGAGGUGUACCAGUUCGCGCGCGACGCGGCCGUCGCCGAGGCGUGGCUGAUCGCGCAGGAGCCCUACCUCAUGUCCCAGGAGCUGGGCCACACCAUCGACGAGGUGGAGAGCCUCAUCAAGAAGCACGAGGCCUUCGAGAAGUCGGCCGCCGCGCAGGAGGACCGCUUCAGCGCGCUGCAGCGGCUCACCACCCUUGAACUCAAAGAGGCGACACUGUGGCCUAUUGCACAACCUUGGGAUAAGUGUGACGAAUCUACUUUCCUCUACCAACCUCCACCCGUUUCCCACAAGAAGACUCCACUUAGAAUCGCAACACACAAAGAGCAGCCCGUAGGAGAAGUGGUCGAAGCUAUUAUAAGGGGCAGCGAAAGACAUCAGAUACCAGAGAAGCUGAAGAAGAAAUUGCAAAGCAACUGUCAAGCAAGCAAGGAGGUCUCUAAGAACGAUUCGUUCUUAUGGUCAGUUGUUACAAAUACUAGUCUAUCAACGAUAUCCGAAUUUAGCAGUCCACCUAUGACGCCGCUGAAAUCGCCCCUGUCUCCAGACAUAUACAGUUCAGUUUUCUUUGAAUACACUACCGCCGGCGAGAAACCGAACGACCGCUUUGCCUGCAUAGACUUCAUACUCUGGGAGAGGCUGUCCUACCAAUUUGUGUAUCCGAACAUUUCGCUGUGCAGACGCAACAGUGGCGCCUCCUCUAAAUCCGGCAGCAUUAAGCGGAUCAUACAUAGGCUCUCGAAGAAAAAGAGGCCGUCGGACGGUGACAGUAAGGGCGAAAUCGCCGUGCUCUCCCUGCCGGGCCUAAGCACCAGUAGUAGAACGGUUAACAGUUUAAACAACGAAGUGAAGAGCAUUCCCUUGAGCUCCUCCCUCCUCCUCCUCUCCCAAACCCGGAAACUCCUGUUCCCGGAUGGUGCAUGGUACUUUAACUACUUGGAUUGUUUCGAAGUGAAGGAGAUGAAGAGGCGGCAAGAGGCGGCCGAGGCGGCGGAGCGCGAGCGGCUCGAGCGCGAGGCGGCCGAGGCGGCGGAGGCGGCGCGCGCCGCGCAGGAGGCGCAGGAGCGCGCCGCCGAGACGGUGGACGCGCCGCAGCCGCACGAAGCCAGUAGCGCCGCCCUCGAAAACGAACCCGAGGCCCCGCCUACGCCCACGCCCACGUCCACGCCCACGCCCACGCCCACCCGCCCAGGACCCUCCCCGCCCAUCCACGUCAAAACAGACACCCGCAAAACCUGCACGUCUCUCCAG